AUGGACUGGGUGGCUGUGGAUCGAAGCAUGCUCGCCAGGCUGCUGUACCCGAACCCGGUGUGUCUACUCUCCGUACGUAGCAGUGAUGGCAGCGGGCGCAAUGUCAUGACCAUCACGUGGAUCACGGCCAUCAACAACCGAGGCGGGUUCAUUGGUUCGGUCCAUGCUGCACGUCAUUCAGUCCAAUUCGUGAACCACGCGGGUGCGAUCUUCGUGCUGAACGUUCCAGUUCGAGGCAUGGAGGACCUGGUCUUGGCGGUCGGAAGCUGCUCGGGCGCUGAUACAGACAAGUUUGAGGAGUUUGGCAUUGCCGUCUGUGCACCUGGUGGUGCAGAGCUUACAGAAGGCGUAAGCGAAGACAUCGUCAAGACGAAGAAGCCGAAACUGUCCAAGAAAGAGCUAGCAGAGCAAGAGAUCAGUCGUGCUGUUCACCAAGGUAUUGCACUUCGCGACUGUGUAGCGCACUUGCUUUGUCGCGUGGAAUCUGUGACGGAAGAUGACGGGCAUCUGCUGCUUCGGUGUGUGCAACUCUCGGGGUGGACUCGACGAGCGUACUGGGAUGGACGGAACUUUAUCCCGCAAGCGAGUGCCGACGUGGAGCCAUACUUGACGUUUCUCGGCAGCAAAACUUUCGGCUAUGUACUGCCUGUAAACUCCUCGCCGUCACGAGCAGCAUCGACAGGCGAAUGA